ACUCCUUUCACUUUCUAGUUUCUAACCGCUAUCCAUGGGGAGAAUAACGACGUUGAGAGAUCUCAUAGGAGUUAUCAAAGACAAGGCUUCAGCAUCCAAAGCCGCUUUUGUUUCCACCCCUGAAACAAUCUCCCUCCGCCUCGCCGUCCUCCGUGUCACCGCCCACAUGCCCUCCACGGCACCAAACGACAACCACAUCUCCGCCCUACUCGCCCUUGGAGACAGCUCACGCACCACUGCCUCCGCCCUCAUCUCCUCCCUCAUGGACCGCCUCCACCGCACCAGCAACUCCACUGUAGCGCUGAAGUGCCUCCUAACCCUCCACCACAUCAUUAAGCGUGGACCCUUUAUUCUUCAAGACCAGCUUUCUAUUUUUCCUGCCGCCGGUGGAUACAACUACCUCAAACUCUCCUCCUUCCGCGACGGUGAUUUCACGUGGGUUUUGUCUGCAUGGGUGAGAUGGUACGCGCGUUACAUUGAAUCCCUGCUCUCAACUUCUAGGGUUUUGGGUUACUUCUUGGGAUCAAGCUUCAUGCAGCAUGGAAAGAGAUAA